GUGGGAGUAACUAGGAAGUGUCACGGUAACCAAGGUAUAUAUCGGGGGCUGACCAAAGCGUAUACGUUUUCAGGAGUUUAGUACGGGUACGUCUUCUGAUCAAAUAUUUGAGAGUUAUUUUGAAUAUACCAAAUGAGCAGAGAAACUACUAAAUGGAUAUUUCUUAGCUGUGUUGUCCUCAAUGCGGGAACUCAUCCCGUCUUCUGCUGACUUCGCACAUUCACCGUGCCUAACUGCCUUUUUGGUGGAUGCUGUGACCGGUAAACGUGUUGUUCAAAAUCCUGCCUUCUGUCUUUGGAGUCCUAAACAGGAUUGGGGCUCAUGGCUCUUCCGACACUCUGGCCCGGCAGCGGGAGCAGGAGGCGCGGUGGCGGCAGCAGUGGGAGCAGAAUGCCCAGUACUUCAGGGACACGAGCGUCCGCAGCCACAAACAGGCGGCGUGGAGCUCCCGCCUGUCCUACCAGCAGAGUAUGUCAGCUUACGAAAACCUGAGACUGAAGGAGGAAAAGAAGGCCAGCCUGGAGUGGCGCAGGGAUCGGCUCAGGGCCAUGCUUCAAGAAGAGCGAGCCCAGCUGGAGGCGGAGCUCAGAGAAGUAGUCCCUGAUAGGGAGGCUCUGAGAAGUCAGUUAAAACACAAAACUGAGGAGCUUCGCACAGCGAGAGAAGAAAGGAGGAAAAAGAUUGUCCAAGAGCUUCUGAAGGAGCACUGGAAGAAAAACAACCCCGACCUUCGAGAGGUCGAGUCAGCAUUACAUAAAGAUCAUGUUGUAAGCCGGUGGCAAGAGCAGAUAUCUGAGAAGGAGCAGAGAGAGGCAACUGAACAGGAGGCGAAGAAACGCUUUGAAAAUGAGUAUGAGAGGACUAGAAAUGAGGCUUUGGAGAGGAUGAAGCAAGCCGAGGAGAAAAGGAAAGAAGAGGAGCGUAAGAGAGCGGAGGAGCUGUGCAAACAGAUGGAAGAGCUGAAGCUGAGAGAGGAGGAGGCCACGCGUUUGAAAAAGGAGCAAGAGGCCCUGCUUGUCCAGCAGUGGGAGCUGGACAAGAUAGAGGAUGAGAGGAGGAUUGCAGAGGAGAGGAGAAAGAAAUCUGAAAUGGGACGAUUCCUGAUCCGUCAGUAUAGAGCCCAGUUAAGAAGGCGAGCCCAGCAAGUACAGGAAGAACUAGAGGCCGACCGCAAGAUCCUGGCUGCGCUGGUGGAAGGAGAGCAGGAGGACAGGAGGUUGGAGACAGCACGGAGGGAAAGAGCCAUUGCUGAUGCUGCUUGGAUGAAACGUGUUAUUGAAGAGCAGCUUCAGUUAGAGCGGGAGAGGGAGGCCGAGUUUGACAUCUUACAAAGAGAAGAGGCUCAACGUGUUUGGGAAAAACGGGAAGCUCAGUGGGAAAAAGAGCGGAAAGCCCGGGAACGACUGAUGCACGAGGUGCUGGUGGGAAGACAGCAGCAGCUAGAGCUGAAAAUGCAUAAGAACCGAGAAGCCCAGGAGGAAUCCCUGAAGAGACGCGAAGAGCUGAUUAAGGAACUAGAGCUCGAGCGGAAGCUCAGGCUUCAGGAGAAGGAGCAAGACAAAGGCCGUAGGACAGCGAGGAUGCAAGAGAUAAUGGCUCAGGUGGAGCAGCAACACCAAGAGGAGAGGGAGGAGCAGUGCAGGGUAGCACAGGAGGAGCAGGAGAGGGGGGAGGCCCUUCGAAUGCAAGAGGAGGAGCUCCGGCUUGAAAUGCAGAGGAUGGCCAGGGAAGGAUACCACGAGAAGAUUCACAGCAGGCCACGAUCAGCCUGGACAUGAUCAGCCUGGACAUGAGCAUCCCACAAGACUGAAGUCCUCUUUUGUAAAAUGUGUUCUUUGUCCUCUGUACAGCUUUAAACGACUAGUUCAUAUUCCCUACUGUCAUUAUGUCAUCAAACCGGCCACUUCUAACGUCCAUUACACCUCCUGACCCUGCUGACUGGAGCCCUGUCCCUCUCUACUGGGUUCCUGAGGGACAGCGGUCUCAAUUAGUUCAAACUUCAUCAAAUCAAGGUCUUUUCAUGAAGACAGAGUCCUUUCAAUAGAGGGAUAAUGAGGCGUCAUUGGGAGCCCCUUAUUUCCUUCAGCACUCUCAGACUUCUGAAUCCAAAUGCUGUAAAUUGCGAUUUUUUUGCACAGAGAUCUUAGAGCUUUGUUAAUCGUCUUUUACUUCAGAGUCGUAUUGAGAAGGAAUGUUUUGACAGUCAAAUGGAUACGAUUAUUACGAAUUUGAGUGACUCUCCAAAAUUCACCGUACACAGGGAUACUUAGCGUGUUAUGACAGAUUUAAAAAGAAGAACUUGUCCUUUAAAAGAUUAAACAUUCAUGAAGGUGUAGUGUGCCAUAUACCUGCAGUUCAAAUGCUGUUUUUUUUUUAUUGUUAUAGAUGAUCUCAUAUUUGUAUUUUUUGGCACUUGUAGAACUUUUCAAGACAGAGAUUAUUUUAUAUUGUGAGUUUGUAGAGAUGACCGGUACUUUGAAAUAAAAACCAUUGCAAGC